AUGAGCGGCGACGAGCCGAAGACGCGGCCAAUGGUCGUCAAGAACACGUUCAUGAUCAUGGGCUACGGCGUCGAGUUUCCACGUGGCAAGAGGCCGUUUCCGGCGCAACUUGCGGUCAUGAGCAAAGUGCUGACAGCGCUCAAGACGGAGCAACACGCGCUGCUCGAGUCGCCUACGGGCAGCGGCAAGACGCUGGCGCUGCUGUGCUCGUGCCUGACGUUCCAGAAACAGGACGUGCGAGAGCAAGUGGCGGCUGCGAAGAGAGAGCAGACGAGCGUCAAGUUUCGAGAGCAGGAGGCCAAGAAACAGACGCAAGAGGCGCAGUUGCGGGUGCUGGAAGCGCAGAUGCAGGUGAUGGAGGCCAAGCAGCAGGUGGAACAGGCGAGAAGGCAGCGACAAGGGAGCGACGAGGACUGGACCCAAUCAACUGUCGAGCUGACUCACGUGGGAGCGACGCAAGAUACGCUGAAGGAAGACGCAGGUGAUGCUGCUGAUGGUGAUGAUGAUGAUGUCGCAGCUACGCAGCCUAGCCGCAACGAAGGGUGGAUGCGCACUCGGAAACGAGAGUCGGGGGCGGACUCGAUUCCCAUCACCAAGAAGAAUCGGGUGCUGCCCACUUCGUUUGCUGCUGCUGCAGCAGCGGAAGAAGCCGAUAUGGUAGAGCAAGUACCCGACGGCGGAGCCAGUACUGGUAAUGCAAAACGGAAGCAAGUAAUGCCACUGCGGAUCUACUUUUGCUCACGAACACAUUCGCAACUGGCGCAAGUGGUAAACGAGCUAAAGGGCUGCCCCGUGUCGUAUUUGGACAUGCCCGGAGAAUCUGAAACUUACUCGAAGCAGCUGCAGACGUGUGUGCUGGGCUCGAAACGCAACAUGUGCAUCAAUCGCAACGUGAAUAAAGAUCCGGCGCAGGUUGACGAAAAGUGUCGACUGGCCCUCGAAGGCUCGUCAUGCUCGUACUUCAAAAAACGCAAGAAAGUAAACGACAUGCGGCGAAGUGUGUCACCCGUCUGGGAUAUCGAGGACCUUGUCAAGCUGGCACAGAAGCAUCGUGAGUGCGCAUACUUUCAUUCACGCGAGGCGCUCGAGCAGGCUAAUAUCGUGUUCGCGCCCUACAAUUAUUUGCUGGACCCGUCGAUCCGUGAGGCCGUGGGAAUCAAACUCAAGAGGUCCAUUAUCGUGCUGGAUGAGGCACACAACGUAGAAGAUACAUGCCGAUCUAGCGCGAGUACAGAGGUGACGGCAGACGUUUUAGCCGCAUCAAUCAAGGCGUUUUCGAUCGUGAUCAAGCACGGUAAUCGACCACAGUCGUACAACGCCUUGCUCAAGGUGCUAAAUGGCAUUAAUCGCUGGUUACAAAGUGUGGACGCGAAUGCCAACGCUAUUCUUCAGCCUUCGGGUUUUGAAGAGAGGAGCAAGGUCUGGGACGGUGCCGACGCGCUAGCCAUGCUUGCAGAAUAUUCCGGGCUUACGAAAGGCAGUUUUGCUGGGUUAAAAGUAGACGUGCAGGAAGUACGCGAGUAUGAGAAUGAAUUGGCUAACAGCGCGGAAUCCAGUCAGCAACCUGAAACAAAAGCGUCUCGGGAUGUUGCGGCAAACCCGACAGGUGCUUCUGUUCUUUUGGGGGCUCUGGCACUCGCCACAAUACAGAGCAUCAUAAACGUGGUGGACUAUAUGUUCCGCGACAGCCUCAAGUACAUUGACGACUUCAAGCUAGUGGUGAUCAAAUCCAAGUCAACGUGGCAAGAGAACGCGAGCUUCCGAUCUCCUACCAAAAUAAAAGGUGACGAGUGGGAGAUAAAAUUAUGCAUCUGGUGCCUGAAUGCGGCCGUUGCGUUCUCGGACAUUGCGACCCAAGCGCGCAGUGUCAUCCUUACGUCUGGUACACUGAGUCCCAUGGAUUCGUUUGUUGGCGAGUUGGGCGUCGACUUCCCUAUUCGCCUUGAGGCGAACCACGUCGUGAAUAUGCGCAAGCAGGUUUUCGUCGGAACUGUAAUGCACGGUCCUGGCAAUGUCGACCUUCAGUCGACGUACGACAAUCAGCAGAAUCCCAGAUAUCAAGACUCUAUGGGUCAGCUGCUGCUGCAGUACUCACAAGCGAUUCCGGGCGGUAUUCUCAUGUUCCUUCCGUCGUAUUCGCUGCUUCACAAACUUGUAUCGCGUUGGAAGAAAACCAAGCUAUGGGGUGAAAUCGAGCAUUUCAAGACUGUCUACUCCGAGCCGCGCAACGCCGGCAAGAGUUUCGAUUCUUUGUUGGAAGAUUACAAGAAUACGAUCACGAAAUUCUCCGAGGCAGUAGCUGCGGGCGCUGAUGGCAAAGAAGCACUGACGAAGAGCACAGGUGCCAUCUUUUUGGCGGUCUAUCGCGGGAAGGUGAGUGAGGGUAUUGAUUUCUCGAAUGACAAUGCGCGGGCCGUCCUAUGCGUAGGCAUCCCUUUUCCCAGUGUCAAGGAGCUGCAAAUAUUGAUGAAGCGCCGGUACCAAGAUGAGAAAAGUCUCACAAACGUGAAUCUCGUCAAUGGCCAUACUUGGUAUCAGUUGCAAGCGUUCCGUGCGUUGAAUCAAGCACUCGGACGAUGCAUUCGACAUCGUCAGGAUUAUGGUGCCAUUAUGUUACUCGAUUCCAGGCAUCGGUUCAAUAAGCACGUGAAGUCGCUUUCAAAGUGGAUGCGACCGUACAUUCGGGAGUUUGAGCACUCACAGAUGUGCGUCCCGAUGUUCAGUGAGUUCUUCCAGAGAAACUACAUCGAGCUGCCACAUAGUUUACCUUCGCCCUCGACGGAAGCGUCGACAAUGUCCGAGAGGGAGGCGAAAACAGCACCACUCAUUCUCGAGUACGAGGCAGACAAGACUAGCCGCAAAAACAGCACCAAAAGAAGCAGUCGGACGGCUACACCUCCAGUACCGUCGACUAUGGCAACCGUAAACGAUGUCAUGGCAAAGCAGAGACAAGAGUCAGAUGCGAAGAACAGUGUGUUUUCCAUUUUCCGGUCGCAAGCGUCUGGAAAGUCAGAGUAG